UCCCCGCUGCGCGGCUCUGGGAGGCCCCAUGUGAUCUCGCUGGCUCCAGCUGCUCCCGAACUGUUUGCUCCGCUCCCGGACACUAUCGCUUCCUGCUAAACCGCUGUCUCCCCCGGAGGGGCCGCAGCUCCCGCCAAGGGGCCAAACUCUGGGGAGCAAUGACGGAGGUGACGAGGGAAGUGUUUGGGCACCUGCCCCGGGAGGAAGGAGGAGGAACAGUGGAGAAGUUUGUGCUAAAGUCCGACAGCGUGAAAGUGGAGAUCCUGUCCUUUGGGUGCAUUAUCGCUGCCCUGGAGACGAAAGGCAGGGAUGGGGCGUUUGCAGACGUUGUCCUGGGCUUUGACAGCUUGGAAGGUUACACCAAGAAGCACCCCUUCUUCGGGGCCGUUGUGGGACGAGUUGCCAACCGGAUCGCAAAGGGGAGGUUCAGUCUGGACGGGCAGGAGUAUCAGCUGGCCCUCAACAACGGACCCAACAGCCUGCAUGGAGGAGCCAGGGGCUUUGACAAGGUUCUCUGGAGCCCUGAAGUUGUGCCAAACGGCAUCCGCUUCUUCCGCCUCAGUCCAGAUGGUGAGGAAGGCUACCCUGGCAACCUGAAAGUCUGGGUCACCUACACACUCAGUGGUGGGGAGCUGGCCAUCAACUAUCGAGCCCAGACCAGCAAGAUGACACCCAUCAGCUUGACAAAUCAUGCAUACUUCAACCUAGCCGGGCAGGGCUCACAGGACAUCUACGACCAUGAGAUUUCCAUUGAAGCUGACUCUUACCUGCCCGUGGAUGACACCAAGAUCCCUACCGGGGAGGUGGCCGCCGUGCAGGGCACCGGCUUCGAUCUCCGGGCGCCCGUGGAGCUGGGGAAGCACUUGCAACGCUUUCACCUGGACGGCUUCGAUCACAACUUCUGCCUGAAGCCGGGGCGGGCUCGGCGCCUCGUGGCCAGGGCCCGGCACCCUCGCACCGGCAGGGCCCUGGAGGUGCACACCACCCAGCCCGGCCUCCAGUUUUACACCGGCAACAACCUGGACGGCUCCCUGAGGGGCAAAGGCUCCGCCAGGUACCCCAAGCACUCGGCCUUCUGCCUGGAAACCCAGAGCUGGCCUGACGCUGUCAACAAGCCCCACUUCCCCGACACCCUGCUACGCCCGGGGGAGGAGUACGACCACACCACUUGGCUCGUCUUCUCCGCUGCCUGAGGCCUGGUGACGCCCAUCGCCGCAAGGAGACUUGCACUUCUUUGAGGGCUUCCUGAUGGUGAACGACUGAAAGGAAAAGAAUUCACAGUUAAAACUGCAACAGUGAUACGCGAUGCACAAGUACAGGAAAAGGGCAAGAGAGAGAUACCUCGGCUACUCCAGCACUCUUCAAGCACUGAUCAUCAAUUAAACAAACAAUCACUAUUGACAAAAUUAUGGGCUGAUUAUUUCCACGUUAGAGAGAACGCAUUUAUUUUACUACAGAAAUACAAAAAAACCCACAUUUGAAAAUAUCUAUCAGUAACAAUCCCAAUAAGAAGCAACUUCUUCAUAAGUAACCCUAUUAAACAGAGUCAACCUGGAUACUUGCUUUUUCCAAUGCAGACUUAAAUUUUUGUAUUUCUCUACUGUUCUUUCUGUAAUACCAUUUAAAUGUGAUCAGUGUAAAGCAACAAAAAGAGUACUCCUGGUACUGAUUUUCAGUGUAAGCAGGGUAUUUCUUCACCAUUCUGAUACAGGAAGUUGUCAAAACCUCCUGUCACCUAUUAUGGUGAUCACUGUGAUAAAUAAUGAGCAUUUA